GUUAAGAUGUCACAUGUCGCUUCCUGUGUCCGCGGGUGUCCUGCUGGUGGGCCUCCCGUACUCCAUCUCUCUGGCUGCCCAAUGGCUGUACGGCUGGCCCAACAAGCCGGGAUAUAAGAAGUACAUAGAAGCUCUAAAACCAAGGCGAAUAUACUGUUUGACCAGAGCUGUGCUGGAAACUCUGAAGUAUCUACAAUAUGGGAGGCUUUACUUUCAGUGGAAGUCAUGGUACAAGAACAACGAAAACCGAAAGCAUUAUGAAAAGGGCAUCGUAUUUGGCCGCAGAAGCAACAAGCUGGACUUGUACCACCCUCCAGACGUGAGCAGGUCUAAAGAUGUCCCUGCGCCGCUGGUGGUUUUCAUCUACGGAGGUGCGUGGGGCUCCGGAGACAGAUCCAUUUACUGUUUGCUGGCGAGGCGGAUGGCGGAGGAGCUUAAUGCAACUGUCAUUUGUCCCGAUUACUUCACCUAUCCAAAGGGGAACGUUUUAGGGAUGGUCCAAGAUAUUGCUGACUGCUUGGUUUGGGCUCAAGAGAGUGGACACAAGUUCAACUUUGACAAG